UAGGAUAUACAGUAGAGGUUAAUAUAAGAACAAAUAUCUUGUUUUGAAUUUGACCAUAUUAUCGUAGUUUUAAGCACAUUCUCGGAGACCUAUAGGGGUAACUGAAAUGUACGAAAUAAGGCACGAAGUUCAUUAGAGUGAUGGGUGACGAAUCAAGUGUGGGUAAAAGCCCCCGAAAUAAGAAACGUGCAGCAAAUGAUGAUGGCAAUGAGUUGCAUCGUAUGGUCCGCAGAUUGCAUAAAAAGAUCGACAAAUUAACUGAAAAGGUAGAUUCUAUCCAGAAGCAAUGUAUUGUAAUUCAACCCAGUGAUGUGAGAAAUCAUUCUUCUGAAAAGAAAGGAUUAGCUGACCAAUGUCCUGUUUGCGGUAACCAUCAAGAUAUUUUAAAAGUUGGGAUUCAACAAGUCCUGAAGACAGUACGGAACGUAACUGUCGAUAGAGAUACUGAAGAAAAUGACGUAGAAACAAGUGAGGAUAGCAGCAGCGACGAUGAUGACAACGAGGAAGAGGAGGAGGUGGAGGAAGGGUAUGACGAUGAUGGAGAUUUUGAGACACCAGCUAGUAAGAGGGAGGUCUCUAUAAUGAGGGUUGAUGUCGCGGACAACGGACACAUUAAUUUACAUUCAACACCUUCGAAGGAAUUGGCAGAUAGUCACAGUAAUAUUCAAGAGAGUAAUACGCAGUCUGAGGGUUUGCCUCUCGGUAUAAACACUGCGGACGUCGGAGCUAAAUCAGGAAAGGGAAAACCUUUCGAAAAGGAAGACAUAACUCGACACAAGGAAGACGGUACAGCGACCCCCACACCACGAAAACUAGAUGCAAGUACGGCAGAAACAUCAACGACUAAUGAGAGCGAAAGAAGUGUCACAGAAGGACACACUACAAAUAACAGGACAAAACCAACAGCCUUGAACUUCACUAUUGUCUCAUCCUCCAGAACAGAUGCGCCUGAUGCAACAGAAAGUUCAUCAGAUAAGAGACCUAUGCCAUAUAAGUUUUUACGUAAACUAACAACCACAUUUGAAGAGGAUAAUCGACACGGAUACAAUUACAGAUAUGUUCUCUCAGAUAAGCAAGACAAAGGGAAAACAUAUGGGAUUGCAAGCUCAAGUAAACCAAAUGUCUCGCCCAAAAGCCAGCCUCCAACAGCAUCUCCCCUGAGGAAGUACCACGGCUCUGUUGACAACAGACUCAGUCAAGACACACGCGAAGUUCCUAAUCAUGGAUCAAUAUCAUUUUCGAAUAGAGAUUUAGUCUUAAACGGUCCGAGAAAAAUCGAGAAGCCUUUCGACGAGCCGUCCAAGCCAUUCGAAUCAGAUACUAACGAUGGAAUGGUUACUGAUGCUUUUCUGUCUUCAUUGCUACAAACGUGUGCUGAAUCAGCUGAAUGUUGCGGUGAUGUGAAGUCACAGGGCACAGAUACUGCAAUUUGCCUAGACUUGUCCGGAAGCAUGGAGGGUGAACCUUUGCAAGAGGCAAAGGAUGCGAUCUUGCGGCUAUUAGAUGGAAUUGAAAAGAACUCUAUCGAACACGAGCUGGAAGAAAAUGUUUCCUUGGUAACAUUCGGCAAGAAGAAUGCCGUACUACAACAUUUGACAAACAACUACGAUUUGAUCCGCAAUCAGCUCGACAACCUUACCACUGGUGAAACAUCGCCGUUGUGGCUGGGAUUGGCACUGUGUCUUACGGAGCUGACCAAGCGAGGUGGGAAUCUAAGACUUAACCACGUGACCGUUCGCCCAAGGAUAAUCGUAAUAUCUGACGGGUUUGUGACUGAAAAACAAAAGUUGUAUGGGAAGGAUGUCAUGAACUCAAAUGAUAUGGCGAACCGAGAAAUCCAAGAAUUGCAUGACCUUCUUGUUUCGAAAUGGGACGUUCUUCAUGGAAUCGACUGCUUGCUCGUGAAUCCAAGUUCUUGUCAGGACAUUUUGGCGAAGGUCUCAAAUAACAGAGUAUUUAACGUUGAACACGUGGAUUAUUUAGUAGAACACUUCCGAGUGCAGAUGGCACUGGACACAUAUAUAGAAAAUAUAAAAGCCGGUAGACAAAGUCACGAUCAGGCGAAAGAAGAACUACAGAAUACUGAUUUUCAUCCUUUAUCCAAGGUAGAGAUGUCAACAAAUAUUGACAACUUUAAGCCUAAAGAGCAAGAGAAGGCGCACACGUUAAGGGAACACGAACGCUCUAAGACACAGACGGAACAAGCGUCCGUUGAUGAUGUUAAAACGCAGGAACACAUGAAAACCACGAAAGAAAAACAAUCGGAUGGAAAUUUUACCGAGAAAAACCGUAUGGGCUCUCAAAGUGUGAAAACCGAAGGCACGGAAGUUCACAACAAUCACGAAAUGCUUAAUUCGGCGAGAGACCUUACGCGCAAUGUUGCUGAAGGCAGCCAAACACAUGAACAUCAAGCCAAGGCGUCUGAUGAUUCAAAAACCGAAAAUGGCGCCAAAUCGCGUUCAACGCGAUCUAAAGUUUUAAAACUCCGCGAAGAACCAAUUCAAGAAGAAAACAUUCCACUGAAUCAUGCCGGAUCCGAGGAAACAGAAGUUGACAAAGCAUCGGUCGAAGAUGAAAUCGACGAAGUGGCUGAACUCGACUUUGCGACGCCUGUGAAAGCGAAUCCGAAUUGGGAGGAGGCUCGUAAACGUCUUAACCAGAUUGGCAAAGUGAUUGGAAAACGGCAGAAUGGAUAUCUGCCCAUUAUCUGGGAGAAUGGCGACGAAGAAAAGUGUCGGUAUGGAGUCUCUGGUCAGUACGACGUUAAACCUACAGAGGAGAAGUAUGUCGACCAUUCCAUAAUGAAAAUCGGAGCGGUGGUUGAACGAGGCCCCGACUGGAAGUGGAAGGACCAGGAUGGAGGGCCGGGCAAUCCCGGAGUAGUCACUAAAAUUGAUGGCAGCGUCGUUUAUGUCCUAUGGAUUCACGGUGUACGGGGAAAUUACAGCUACGGUUACAGAAAUAAGUAUCACGUAAAACUUGUCGAAAAAGUGAAAGGUUCGUAUUUCUGCUUUAUUUCGCAAGGGCAAAGUAAUGUAUCAAAUUUUAGUUAUGUCCAUCAUAACAACAAAUUAUGAAUAAUAAUGAUAAUAACAAUAAUAAUACUUUGUAUUAUAAUGAUAAUAAAAAUAAACAAAAAAACAUUAGGAUACUAUAAUAAUGUUCGUUAUAUUUUUGUUUGUAAAAUUAAACUUGAUUUGACGAGUGUAUAUAACAAAUUAGCUUCUCUCUGUGGAAAGCGGGUUUAAUGCACGUGCAGUCCUCACAGGCUAAUCAGGGACGAUACUUUCCGCAUUUAUGAUAUCUUUCGUUUUAUGAAAGUCUCCUCUUAGCAAAAAUCCAGUUACGACGGAAAGUGUAGUCCCUGAUUAGCCUGUGCGGACUGCAAAGGCUAAUCUUGGACGACACUUGACGUACAUACACAACCCCCCUUUCACAGAGAACGGCUCAAAUAGAAGAAAUACAUGCAUAAUUAUUUUUCGUAUAAAGAGCCAACGGCGACCUGGCAGGUGUGUGACCCCCAGGGCAUCUGGCGUCCGUUUCCGUCUGACCUCUCUUUGUCCACCGAAGAAAUGUUCGAAAAGGCACCGGGGAAAGUGAUGUUGGUCAAAAUCCAAGGAAAAUCAUGCAAAAUAAAUUUGAAGGAGAUGACAAUGACCGACUUGCAGACGCAAAAUGUGCACCAGAUCCGUAGAUUGGAUCCAGGGUCGAAAUAGGGGAACUAGUCUGUGUGUGACCAUGAUUGUAAACAUGUAAAUUAGUUUGCAGAUGAUAUAAAAAUAACUGGAACAAACAAGAGGCCUUUAUGACCCUUUAUUACCACAAACUUAGUAGGUGACGUGCAUUAUGCAGGUAUUGUGUAACGUAUUGCUAUGUAAGUGAAAAAUAUCCUAGCAAGUCCAUGUGCUCUCUUUUAUGUUAUUGUAAUCGCAUCCGUCGUGUACGAAUGCUAUACUCGUGGAGAUGUAAGACAGUAUCAGAAUGUGUUAUAACAUGUGUUUAUCCCUGUUUGUUUUGCAUGUAAAAUGACUUUUAUAAUAAUUGUUAAAGAUAUAUGUUUUAUAUUGCACUUGUCUUUUCUUUAAACAGUUUUGUUUAAAAACAAAUCUAUUUUGUGCUCUGAAAAUAAGCAUUUAUUUCUGUGUGUAAAAGGAAGAAAUAUUAUGUAAACUAAAACAACAUUAACAAUAACCUUUGAUGUUCUUAUUACCAAUCGAUUGUGUUUUGUUUGUUUUAUUUUUAGAUUGUUUAGACCGAAUUAAUUUUGCAUGUAAAAUGACUUUUAUCAUAAUUGUUAAAGAUAUAUGUUUUCUAGUGCACCUGUCUUUUCUUGAAACAGUUUUGUAUAAAAACAAGUGUCUGGCUUUUUGUAAAAAUACUUAAACUGUGCAUAAAAGUAAGAAAUGUUAUGUAAACUGAAAAAAACAACAACAAACUUUGAUAUCCUAUCACCAAUCGAUUGUGUUUUUUUUGUUUUAUUUGAAGUUUAUUUAGACCGCAAUAAGUAACAGUUUUGAUAUUGAAUGAAACACAUAUUUACAUAAAAAUAUGUGCAAGUAGCAUCCUAAAUAAAUAUUAAUAAUAAAAAUAUAAUUCGAACAAUGAAAAUACCAGCCCAAUCGAAAGAUAUCAACUAUACAUCUAUUGUGAUACAAAAAGUAUAUGUUUAUUCAUAACAUAAAAUAAAUAAAGAUGUCUAAAACGUAUUAAUUGAUAAUGUAUAUAAUGAAUAUUAAUUGUAUAAGACAUUGAUGAUAACAUUUAAAAAAAUAUUAAUUAUUAUAAACGCCUUUUAGACACAGAAUAUUCUUGUGAAUGCAUUUUCUUAUGUAUGUACAUAUAGAUAUAUUUGAAUGCUUAAUGCUUUUCACUGGAAUUCAUCGCACACACACGAUACAUUCUUCAAACACUGAUAAUUAAACGUGGACUUCUUGUUGGGAAAAUGUAUCAUUUAUGCUGCUGAAUAGACACAUUACGUGUAUGACUUGAAUGAGACUGCAAAAAGGCAUAAACAAAUAUAAAAUAUUAAACUGACUUUAUUUGUGUUUAUUAAAGCUGACUGUGAAUUAUAUAUAAAAUUAAACAUGUUGAAAUAUG